AUGACUACCGAUAGACUCAACAAUGAUGUGACUAUUUACUCAAAUAGUCAAACCAACUUUAUCCAUAACAAUGGUUUCUACUUGGUCAUGCAAGCCGACGGUAACUUGGUUGUCUACAGAGGUAACAUGCACAGCUCAUCAUGUGCUACCUGGUCAUCUGCCACCAACGGUAAGGGUCACGGUCCAUUCCGUUUAAUCCAACAAGCUGAUGGUAACUUGGUUGUCUAUGAUAGCCACAACCACCCAACCUGGAGUUCAGCCACCCACAACCGUGGUCACGGUCCAUACGUCACCUAUUUGUCACCAGCCGGUAACUUCCACGUUGUCGACUCACACAGCGAGUGUCUCUGGAGCUCCGGUGGUCACACCCCAACUUUGCACGUUCCAGGUCAUGGUCGUCAUCAUCACCCACACCACGGACGUCAAUUCCAUAACGGUGACCACGUCCACUCUGAGUACUCCCUCUACUCAUACAGCAACAACGCCUUGUACAACGGUGACUACUUCUUGGUCAUGCAAGACGAUGGUAACUUGGUUGUCUACCACACUUUGAACUGGAUUCCACAAAACGCCGUCUGGAGCACCGCCACCCACAACAAGGGUCACGGUCCAUACCGUUUCACCAUGCAACACGAUGGUAACCCAGUCGUCUACGACAGCCACAACCACCCAUUGUGGGCCGCCGGUACAAAUGGACAAGGACACGGUCCAUACAAGUUCCACCUCCACUCCAACGGUAACCUCACCCUCAAUGACUCACACCACCGUCAACUCUGGUCAUCAAACUCUGGUCGUCAUUAA